AUGACGGAAGCCGCUACUGCGGGUGACGAACCCAUCGGCUGGUGCUAUCUGGAUGCCAGCUCCCAGAGCCAGGGGCCCUUUCCCCUCGACUACUUGCAACGCCUGCAACAGGCUGGAUACUUCCAUGCCGAAACGCUUUUCUGGCGGGAGGGGCAGGCGGAGUGGAAACACCUGCAAGAUCUCCCCGACCUCCACGCCUCCCUGGAGGCAGCCACACUGGCGGCUGCCCCACCUCCAGCGGCGCAGGGAGCAGCAGUGGAUGGAUCAACCGGCGAUGGCCCGGCAGCCCCGCAGGAUGACCUGAGCACCUUCAUGGCUGAGAUCUCGGCGCUGGAUGCUGAGGCUGAUGAUGGGCCCAGCACCCCACCGCCCGAGGAGCAGACCUUCACUGAUGACGAUGGCACGGUCUACAGCUGGGACCCGGCCACGCGAAAGUUCCUGCCACGGGGUCAGGGGGGCCCAGGCGGUGCUGCUGUGCAGUAUAACCCAGAGGACAUGGUUUUUGAGGGGGAGGAGCUGGACAUCCCGGAUUUUGUCCGCCCAGGAGACGAGUCUUCUGCUUCCGACGGAGAGGAGGAGUCCAAGAAAAAGAAGGCAAAGCCUGACGCCAAGACUGGCAAGCCAGCAUCAGAGGCAGCCAAGGAUCCCGUGAAGGAGGAGCAGCCUUCGAGCCGCGAGGCACUGUUGGCAGAGGCAAAGGAGAAGGCAGCCCAGAAGAAGCAGGCGCGGGCAGCCUCCAGCGCGGAGUGGUUUGAGCUGAAGCGGAACACCAGCGUGUAUGUGACGGGCCUCCCAGAGGAUGUCACCCUGGCAGAGAUGGUGGAGACCUUUUCAAAGUGUGGCAUCAUCAAGGAGGAUGACCAGCGGCAACCCCGCAUCAAGAUCUACCAGGACUCCAAUGGCAUGCCCAAGGGUGACGGGCUGGUGACCUUCCUGAAGGAGCCGUCGGUGGAUUUGGCGGUGCAGCUGCUUGAUGGUGUGGCAUUCCGCUACGGGCUCCAGAACAUGACGGUGUCGCCCGCCAAGUUCGAGCUCAAGGGCGAGGGCUUCAAGCCCAAGCAGAGCGCCGGGAACAAAAAGCGUAAGAAGAAGGUGCUGGAGUCGUUGGAGAAGCAGGCCCUCACCUGGGACGGCUUCGAGGACAAGCUGGCGCCCACCCAGGUCACCGUGAUCAUCAAGCACAUGUUCACCAUCGACGAGAUACUGGAAAACCCCCUCUACAGCGAGGAAAUUGAGAGGGAUGUCCUCGCAGAGGCGGGCAGGCUGGGACGAGUGGAGAAGGUCAAGGUGUACAAGGGCAACCCCGAUGGCGUGGUGUCGAUCAAGUUUGCCACAGGGGAGGCAGCAGACAAGUGUGUAAAGCUGAUGGAGGGCCGCUUCUUUGCCGGGCGACGGCUGGCGGCAUUCAUGUGGGACGGGUACACCAACUACAACAUGAAGCUGCAGGAGACUGAGGAGCAGCAGGCAGCCCGACUGGAAGCAUUUGGAAGGGAGCUCGAGGAGGGAGGGAAGGAGCAAUGA